GCACACGAGAGAGAGAGAGAGCGAGAGAGAGAAAGAAAGAAAGAGAUAGAAGGAGGAAGUGUGGAAGCGGGGGCGGAGAGGAGAGAACUGGAGAGAACACUGCGUGAGCAGCGAGCUACUGUCGACCGCAGGGUGCCCAAUGACAAAAGUGACAAGGACUACUCAUUGAACUAGUUGUUACGGGAAGUAUGGGGACGGGUAAAGUGUUCCCUUCUUUAACAACAUGUUUUAUAUUUGUUUCUUAUUUCUACUUACUAAAUUGCGCGUCGAUCAGUCGGAAGUUAGAAAAUGAAGAAUUUCUCAGCAAUCCACGUUACCACGAUCAUGAAGAAUUGACAUCUUUGCUUCGAAAUAUGGUGCAAGAGUAUCCGGAUUUUGCAAAAUUACAUUCAGUUGGGAAAUCCGUUCAAAACAGAGAUUUGUGGGCCCUAGAGAUCAGUGAAAAUGUUAAUCAACGAAGUUUGGGCGAGCCUAUGUUUAAAUUUGUGGCCAACAUGCACGGUGACGAGACAGUGGGCAGAGAGUUGAUGGUGUAUUUGGCUCAAUAUCUUUUGAAAAACUAUGGUACCAAUGAACGGGUUACACGACUCGUAAAUACAACUGACAUAUUUCUCAUGCCAUCCAUGAAUCCCGAUGGUUUCGAAGCUUCUUCGGAAGGCACAUGUGAUUCCCUUCCCAAUUUUGAAGGCAGGGAAAAUGCUAACCAUAAGGACCUCAACAGAGACUUCCCUGACCAGUUUGAUAAUUAUGCUCCUGGGGCUGAUCUUUUACAAGGCCGUCAGCCAGAAACUGCUGCAGUUAUGACAUGGAUAGUUUCUAAUCCUUUUGUCUUGUCAGGAAACCUUCAUGGUGGAGCUGUUGUGGCAAGUUACCCCUUUGAUGAUUCAGGGAGAGAAAAUUCUGAAGAGGAUUGUUGUCAUGAGAGUCCCUCUCCAGACAAUGAUUUGUUUCGUCAUCUUGCCACUUCCUAUUCCAAUGCACAUCCAUUCAUGCACAAUGGAAGCAUUUGUCCUACUGAUCAUUUCCCUGGUGGGAUUACUAACGGAGCUCAAUGGUAUGAAGUAAAAGGAGGAAUGCAGGAUUUCAACUACGUACACUCAAACUGUUUAGAAAUUACGUUUGAGCUGAGUUGCUGUAAGUUUCCUAGUGCAUCUGCUUUGCCCAUGGAAUGGAAUAGCAAUAAGGAACCAAUGUUGCUUUAUCUUGAAGCUACACAUCUAGGCAUUAAAGGUAUUGUGUCAGAUGUUAAUGGGAAUCCUAUUGAAAGAGCAGAAGUGGUAGUGCAAAAUUUGAAUCACAAUGUAACUACUACGGCUCGUGGUGAAUUUUGGCGGCUACUUCUGCCUGGUUCCUACAGUGUAUAUGUUACUGCAUGGGGUUAUGAAACAAGUGCACCAGUGAAUAUUUCUGUGGUAGAGGAUCAUCCAACAUGGGUCAAUUUUACUCUACAAUCAGCUCCUGUUCAUGAAGGUAAAAGUGUUAAGGUGGUGACGCCUCCAUAUAAUGAUGAAUAUGGUUUUGUCAUUCCUCCAAAGUUCCAGCAUCACAAUUAUGAUGAAAUGGUAGAAGUAUUGAAACAAUUAUCAGACAAUUACCACAAUCUAACUAGAUUGUAUAGUAUUGGUCGCAGCGUGGAAGGAAGAGAAUUGUAUGUUUUGGAGAUAUCUGAUAAGCCUGGGGAACAUGAACCGGGUGAACCUGAGUUCAAGUAUGUUGCAAAUAUGCACGGCAAUGAAGUUGUGGGAAGAGAGAUGUUACUGUUACUAGCAAAAUAUAUUCUGGAAAAUUAUGGAACUGACACACGGAUUACUAAUUUGGUAGACAGUACUCGUAUACAUUUCAUGCCCUCAAUGAAUCCAGAUGGAUACAACGUUUCUCAUGUUUCAAUUCCGGGUGAUCGGGAUGAUUUAGAUGGGCGAGCUAAUGCAAAUAAAGUGGACCUGAAUCGCAAUUUCCCGGACCAGUAUAUUACUCGCCGUGGACAUACAUUUGAACCUGAAACAUUAGCAGUGAUGAAAUGGAUCCAAUCUCUGCCCUUUGUUCUUUCUGCAAAUCUUCAUGGUGGCUUCUUAGUUGCAAAUUAUCCGUAUGAUAGCAAUUCCCAAAACCAAGGAGGAAUUCCCAACCCUAGUCCUGAUGAUGCUGUUUUCAAGAUGUUAGCUCGAACAUAUUCUGAUGUUAAAAUGGGAUGUGUAAAGUUCCCUGAUGCAACAUAUCUUCCGCAGUUGUGGAAAGACCAUAAGGAACCUCUUUUAUUGUUCAUGGAACAGGUUCACAAAGGAAUUCAUGGGUUUGUAAGAAGCACAGGGGGCAAUCCUAUUGCCAAUGCGACUAUUACUGUGGAGGGAAUUGACCAUUUUGUGCGCUCUGCGAAGGAUGGUGACUUCUGGCGACUUCUAGUUCCAGGAAAUUACAGAGUUACUGCAUCUGCUCCAGGAUAUGAAAGGGAUACUUUAAAUAUAGAAGUUCCGAAAGAAACAGGCCAUGCAGAACUGAAUUUCACUCUAAUGAGAGAUGAUCCAGAGAGAUGGUCUCGUCAGUAUGAUUUUGGCCUUGCAGGGAAUCUUGCAUCAUCUCCAUACCUUUCUAAUGCAGAACUCAGUACUUCUCUUGCUACCUUAGAGAAUGAACAACCUUCAGUGGUGGAAUUUCAUUCUGGAGAUAAUGAGGAUUCUAUGUCAAUCCACUAUCUUAAAGUCACUCAUGAGUUGGGGGCUCCUGAUGAGAAAAAGUUCCAUGUGGCCCUUGUGGGUGGAUUGUUUGCAUCACAACCUGUAGGACGUGAACUAUUGAGGCGUCUUUCUUGGCAUCUUGCUGCUGGAGAUACCCGCAAGGAUCCUGCUACUCUAGCUAUUCUACAAAAUGCAGUUAUUCAUAUAUUACCUGGAGUGGAUCCAGCUUUUGAAGGUGUUGGGACUUCUAAGGAUUGCCAUCCACCUCCAAGGGCUGAUGAGAUAGGUUUCCGCAUAGCACAACAUGGCAAUGGCUCUGAUCCUGUUACCAAAGCUUUUAUUCAUAUGAUGAACAUCAAGCAGUUUGAUUUAGUUGUCUCUCUUGAAGGAAAAGGACAAUUCAUGAGAUAUCCUUCAGGACUAAGUACAGCAUCAGAAAAGUUAUUUUCUAUGCUUUCUAACUUGUACAACUCUAGUCAUACUCAGUUUCAACCUGAACAGAAUAAAUGUACUAAACCAAGAGACCAAGACCGUGGUUCAUUAACUGCCAGUGCCCGAGUUCUUGACAAAGUGUACCAUGAAUUUGGAGUACCAAUGGUUACUGCACAUGUUACUUGCUGUUCUUACCCUCCAGCUAGUGAACUGGGAACACUCUGGCGACAGAAUUUGCAGCCACUAAUGCAGCUAUUGUCAGCUGUACACCAAGGUGUCCGAGGGCAAGUGCAAGACUUCAGUGGACAGCCUCUUCGUCAAGCUAGUGUUAUACUAAAGGGUUUUCCCCAACCUCUGCAGCUUAGUGCUAAUAUGGCUGUUUUCAAGGCAAUCCUUCCUGUGGGAGAUUAUGAACUACAAGUUACUUGCCCACAACAUGCCAGCAAGUUGAUUUCUCUGAGUAUUAAGCCUGGAGUUCUAACAGAAAUAACUGUUCAGUUGGAUAAGAAAGCAGAUGAUGAAACAAAUCUGGGAAGCAGCGGCAUUUCAGCCUUGGAGGUGUCUCAGCAGAAGAAUCCUAUUCCAGGACGUAUAACAUUGGCAAUUGUAGCUGGCUUAUCCAAAGAACCAUUGGCAACUGAACUAAGCACAUCCAUUCACAUCAUUCCAAUAAUGAAUCCUCAGAACUACUCCACUGUGGAGCAGUCUCCUGAUGGUUGUGGUGUUCAUCCUGAAGGAUCUCCAGACUUGGAUACUCACUUCCCCAUAGACAGUGAUACUACCGUCAAAGAUCCUGUGACAACAGCUAUUGCAAAUUGGCUUCAGCAAAUAAAGCCUGCUGUUGCUUUGCACCUGCGAACAGGUUCUCUACAUAUUGAUAUUCCAUUCUCAUCUCCUCGAGGACCAGCACAAGGCAAUUCUUUCUCAACUGCAGAUGAAGAGGUUUUGCGGUAUUUUGCUAGCACCUACCUUGGUUCAUAUCCACUAAUGCAUGAAGGCAAACCUAAUUGCUCAAGUGAACCACGUGCAGUUUUUGAAGAUGGGGUUGCUAAUGCCGGCUCCUGGCAUAAACAUCAUGGCUCAUUUCUUGAUUAUGCUUAUUUGAAAAGCAGUGCCCUUCCUCUGGACAUCUAUGUCGAUUGCUGUGCUGCUCCCCCUGUCACUCAUAUUCCUGAAGUGUGGGCCCAGCAUAAGCCUUCUUUGUUGAAGCUUCUGAAUGCUGUAGAAAUGGGUGUAGCAGGAUUUGUAACUAAUGAGGAUGGUACACCUCUGCCAGGGGCUCAUGUAACAUUAGAGGGUACCAAUCACACAGUGAUUACAGAUUCUCUUGGUGGUUUCUGGCGGCCUGCUUUGGAAGGAAGUCGAACACUACUUGUGUCUGCUAAACAUUAUUUGCCUACAACAAAGUUGGUUGUUGUUCCUGCAGGCAGUUUACUUGUCAAAGUCCAGAUAAAACUCACUUAUGAUGAGACAGUGUUGGGUUUACCAAGACUUCUGCCACAAGAUGUUCGGAAUGAAAUAUUUGUGGAAUCUGAAGAGUUUGCUGAGUGGGUGACCAAAUUUUUGAAUGACAGUGAUGAAGAAUUAUAUAACGAUGGAACAGGUUGCGUAUGUCUGGGUAUUCUUGGCCUGGCUGUGUGCUGCUAUGCUUGUUGCCAGCGCCGACGACGUAUUCGCAACAGCUUCUAUGGGUUUCAACAAUUACCACAGAGAAUAUCUCUCUUUGAGGAUGAUAAAGAUGAUGCAGAAAAAGUUUUGUUUCGAACUCCAUUGACUGGUACUGGUGACAACACAAGACCAUAUUUUGAUGAUGAUGAAGAGGAUGAGAGUUCAAGCUCAGAAGAGGAUAUUGUUUUAUUACGACCUGGCCAUCACGAGUGGGAGCGAGUGGCUGCUGAGUAGGAAUUUUAAAAGAGAAUUUUGCACCUUUAAUUUUAUUUUAUUUUUUUAAAUGAUGUAGAUAUUGUAUGUGUCUGUCUUUGUGACACUACUGAAUGUAACUGAGUGAGUUAUUGAGAGCUGCAGUUCCUAUUGGACUCUUUUUGCCAAAAUUAGAUCCAACCUUUGUAUAUUUUAAUAUUUGUAUGGGUGGGACAACUCGAGUAGUAGUUCACCACUUGCAAAGAAGAUUGGAGAAAGAAUUAUCGUAUUAUGUACUAUUCACUUGCCUUCUUUUAUGACUCUCUUUUGUGAUUUUAACUGAAUUUACUGUUUUAUUUGUAGGGAUUGAGGUUUAUGGGAUACAUGGCAUCUCUCAUGAGUAGAAACUUUGUAUAUUGUUUCAAUGUGAGUUGGUUAAGCAUGAAGAUUUUUUACAGAAGUUUUAAUAGCAGGACUAAUCAAUUGAUAGUGCUAUUUUUGUAAACUAUUAAAUGGUUAUAAGAGCUUUGUCGUCAGUACAAUCUAUAUCUGUGUAGAUUUUCCUUCCAAUUACAAAGGAACAGGUGUUUCUAUAAUGCUUCUGUGGAUUCUGAAACUCUUAUCCAAUUUAUCUGCAUUCUUUGAUCCUCUUACGAAUAAGUUUGCUGUAGAUAAUUUGACACUUGCUUCCAUUUAAGAAAAUACUUGCAAAUUGAGUUUUGUUGGCAGUUUCUGUAGAAAGCGUUUGUGUAAUUGCUUCAUGUUUUCAAGACUGAACUUCUCUUUAGUCUCAUUAGUCAAAGAAAACACAUUGUUACUGUUAACAGUAGUUUCUCACUGUUCUUGGUAUUGUCCGGAUUAUCGAUAUGAGAAUGAAGUUCUAUAAAUGUAAGGAUGCUUAUUUGUGAUUGAUAAAUAGAAAUAUGAAAUUAAAAUCACCAGACUAGGUAUGUGAAAUUUGAAUGCAGAUUUAAAACGAAAUCAUUUGCAUGGUUUCUGUCAUAUUUUAUCAGACGACCUGGAUUUUUUGGAAGAAAAAGAAAUAUAAUUUUUUGAAUAUUUUCAGAAAAAUGAAUUAUUGAAAUGAAUUAGUAUAGUUAAUUAGUAUUAAGUAAUAAAAAGUGUGUUCUUUGAUGGGGUGGACAAGAUGCUUAAUUCUUCAAAUUGAAGAAUUAAGCUUGUUGAUUUCAAGAAUUUAACAGAGCUUUUUGUUCCAUAAUUUGUAAAAUUGGCAAAAUCAAAGUAUAGGGUAAAUUACUGUCUUUAGAAUUCUAGUUUACUCGGUAUGUAUUUAUUUUUCAUCUUCUGGGUCGUUUUAUUUUGCAAGGGAGUGGGAUUAUCUGUUGUCAAAAUGUACAAUUCUAUACUUGUAUUCCAAUUGCUUUCUGAAUAGGACACAAAAUUAAUUAAUAGAGAACAAGAAUGAAGAUAACCUUUCUAAAUGCAGAUUAAUACAUACAUGAUGUAGUUUUGUCAUUGAUAUAUAUCUAAAAAUUUGUAGUUAAAUUUGAUUUUAGAUUGAUACAUUUUAUUUCAAACACCAAAUUGUUUACUUAAAAUAUUUUUAAAUUACAUUGUUUAAAAGCUCUGUGUAACCUGUUUAUGUUUCAUGUUGACAAUUGUUGUUGGAACAAUUGUAAUUGCUGUACUUUAUGAAAUAAGAUAUAGCAAUUUAGAAAAUUUCUGGUGGUAGCUAUGAUUGUUGAAUGUUACUUGUGCAAGUGUGUGUGUUUUGUUACUUGAAGAAAAGAAAAGCAAUAUGGGGAAAUCAGGCUGUGACCUGAGGAUAAUUGGUGCUAAAACAUGCUAUUCCUUUUCUAAUAUUAUGUGCAAAUAUUUUUUCAUAUAAUCCAUGUUUAAUAACUAUCAGUGGACAUCAGUGAACUUUGUCAUUCACAUUAGAUAAUUAGUUGAAGCUUUUAACCUUUCCUCCUUUUUUCAGUUACAUUCACUCAGAUAUUGGUUUCCAAGCAUGUCUUUAGUGUGUUCAUCUUAAAAUUUUGUAUCUACUAGGCAUUAUAAGCAAUGCACAUUUGUUGCAAAAUGUUUGAAGUUAAACAGCUCUUCUUAGAAUGCAAAGUUAAAUGGAGCAAUUGAUUUGUAAUUUGUAGAGACUGAAAUUGGGUAGCAUGCAUGAUGACCGAGAUGAAUCUCUAAAUUGUACAGACCUGUACCUAGAAUCUCUACAUUCUAGGUAGCAUUGUACUAAUAUGCUGAAAACAUUGUGCCUUAUUAUGGUGCUGGUUGUGUUUUUCCUUUUGCAAGUGCACAUUACACAAUUUUCAUGAGGGAUAUGGGGUAUAUUUCUAGUUGUGUUUGUGUGAGAAUUACAUAAUGAUUUUAUUUAUCAUAUGUGCUUUUAAACAAGUGUGUGUUAUUGUUAGAAUUUUUGGUAUUAUGACUAUAUAACUGAUUCUAAAAGCAGGAUUUUUUAUGAAAUUUUGGAUUUUUUAUGAAAGAAAAGUGAACACUGUCCACAUAUAAUAUUGUAUUUAAUUAUAUUACACAUUUCAUCACAAAGAGAAAAUUGUGAAUUAAAUUGGCUAACACAAAUAGACAUUGGAAAAAGAUAAACAUUAAAAUUGAGUGUUCCUCUUAUUAUUUUUUUUAUCUGCUUAUGUGACUUGCAGACUUAAGUUACCUCACAAGUAUUAAAUGUAAUAAAUACUUGGAUGAACCAAAUGUUAAGCCACAAGUGGCUCAGAAGAAAAGUUGUUAAACGUAGUAAUAAAUGAUCUUCAAUAUAUGUAUGUUCUUCAUUAUUUAAAAUCUUUUUCCUGUUGGCACAAACAUUUUGCUGAAUGCCAGGAAACAUACUGCACCUUAUUCCUAACUGAAAAUUCUUUUUCUCUAUUAGCUAGAUUGAUAAUUUGAACAAUGGUAUCAUUUUCAAACAUCAUUUUUAAAAAUUUUCUCUAAAAGUGUAAUUUAAAAUCUCAUGGCAUUUAAGUAUUAUAUUUUCUCUUAAUUUACAUUAUUUAAACUUGGAAGUACCUAUUUUUAAACAAAUGUGAUAAAAU